AUGCCAAAUGAGAGAGGGGGUGAUUUAUUGAUUUACCCACAGUGCCGUCGUUCUGGCUGCGCCCACGCCAUCGAAGUCACCCUCACCACCCUCGCCCGACCCGGAUCCAACAUCCUCCUCCCCCGACCCGGCUACCCAUACUACGACGCCUGCGCCGCCAACAGAAACCUCGAGGUCCGCCACUACGGCCUCCUCUCCGACCACGGCUGGGAGGUCGAUCUGGACACCGUCGAGUCCUUGACCGACCACAACACCGCCGCCAUCGUCAUCGUCAACCCGGGGAACCCUUGUGGGAACGUCUACAGCUACGAGCACCUCAAGAAGAUCGUCGAGACGGCCAGAAAGCUAGGGAUUUUAGUGAUCGCCGACAAGGUCUAUGGGCACCUCGCGUUCGGAUCCAAUCCGUUUGUGGCGAUGGGGGUUUUUGGGUCGAUUGCGCCGGUUAUCACGCUCGGGUCGAUUUUGAAGAGGUGGAUUGUUCCUAGGUGGAGGCUCGGGUGGCUGGUGAUAAGCGAUCCCAACAACGUCGUUCUGGCGGCGGCGGCUCUACUGUGGGUAAAUCAAUAA